AUUUACGAAAAAGACGACGCUACAUGAUGACAUCAGGUUGAUGUAGAAAGGGUUUUGAAGGAGUAAUGUUAUCAAUACUAGUUUUCGCCCUCGCGGUAUCGUGCUUGCCUAGCGUUUUUUCCACGGAGGCGCUCGUGGUGCAACUCAGCCGGAUAUCGAUAAACAAUGAUGAAAUCAAGGGUUUGCUUGACAUCCGGUACCGUGGCAAGUGGGGGAAUAUAUGCUAUUGGAGUUAUACCUUCAGCAGCGAAGCAGAAGUGGCAUGUCGACAGUUAGGAUAUCUGGGAGUGGGCUAUACAAAGUAUACCGUAGGUUGGCAAAGGAAAGGAAUUGUUAACAGAAUAUCCUGUUCUGGGGCAGAAUCGAGGCUUGAUGAGUGCAAUAUAGUUGGAUUUCCACCGUACAAUUGUAGCGUUCGCCAUGAUUACAUGGUGGUGAAAUGCAGGAAGAACCCAGCAUUAAAUGGCUUUUUGAAUGCAACACUUCUCGGAAGGAACGCUCACAUGGGAAUACUGGAGGUCGCUUCAAAAAAUGGUAAAAAGGCAGCAGUGUGCUUCGACUUGCCAGCGAAUAAUACGGUGACUUCCAAAACCGUUUGCGCGCAAAUGGGAUACAGCGACAUGCAAACUACACUUGCCACAAAUCAAGCUUCAUAUACAGGCCGCAACUUCGUAUCGGUUGACUGCCGCGGUACCCAGCCAACCUUAGCCGCAUGUUCCAUGACUUCCACGAGGAGCUGCCCAUCAGCUACACUUUUGGGAGUCGAAUGCAAGCUUGAUAUGGCUACACAGCAGAUGUUUGAUAUCCGUCUCUCGCCCGCGGACAGCUACCCAAAAGAUGAGGGGACAGUGGAGGUGUACCGGUAUGGUCGUUGGGGAGUCAUCUGUGACACUGGAUGGGACAUGAACGCUGCUCAAGUCGUAUGCCGGCAGCUUGGAUUCAGACAAGCAAUCAAUGCUACAAAGAAUGCCGUGUUCGGUCAAGGAACUGGACUAGUGUUCUGGAGUAAUGUCCAAUGUAACGGAGAAGAGCCUAGCCUUGCAGAGUGCAAGCAUGAUGUGGCCUAUGAGAAGGGAGUAUGCCACUCAGUUAAUGCUUCAGGAGUGGUGUGCAGCAACGAGAGCCUACCGACCAUCAAUAUUUGCUCCAAUAGUCUUCACGCUCUAACACCUGGCGUACAAUUCAUCCGUUCACCAACUUACCCGGAAAGUUUCAAGUAUUACACAAAUGGUAUUACGUGUUAUGUCAACCUCACCUCGCCCUCCAAUUUCACCGUCUACAUCCACAACAAGAUGUUUCAGAACAACCAUGUUGAAUACCUGUCUUUCAUAACAAGUGACGUCACGGACAUAUUCUACGGCGAAGAUAGUGCACAGAAGUCAGUAACGUACAACACAGACCGAAUGACCGUCGUGUUCCAAGCAAGUAUCUGGACAGGAAAACUGAAACUGAACAUUGGGGUGACAGUUCCCGUGCCAGGCUCAACUGCAGCUCCUACAACACUUCGGCCGACAACUGCAGCUCCUACAACACUUCGGCCGACAACUGCAGCUCCUACAACACUUCGGCCGACAACUGCAGUGACACCACCCCUGAUCAAGGCUCCUCAUGGUGAUGACGAAGCACCAGGUAUGAGAAGCGGUGUCGUUGUUGGUUUGAUAGUGUUGGUAAUCAUCAUCGCCAUUGCUGUUAUCAUUGGAAUAAGCCUGUGGAAAAAGGGAUUCAUUCACUUUGGUAGGAUGAAAGAGGAUUCCAACAGAGACUUCGAUGCUGCUGCAAUACAGGGUGUGACAACAAUUGAAUCCUGCGAAAGAAUCGACAACAAUUCCUGCAUUGAAUCAAACACUGUGAAUCGACCAAUUCACAUCUACGAGAACAGCACAUUCCUUAGGGAUAGUCUAGACCAUAUGGGCGAUGUAACAACGGAGAGCUCAGAAGAUCACCGUCCUGCGGAGUCCGAUUACGAAGAUGCGCGCGAUCUCAAUUCUUUAAGGCGAUACGACACGGAAGACUAUCCGGCUAGUAGGCCUACUGAGGUAGUGCUGGGGGAUUAUGGUCCAACCAGCGACAACGCGGGAGAAUCUCCGUACGCGCACCUCGACCAAGUUAACAGGUCCGAGUACCUAGAUUUCCGUCAACUUAGUGCCGAGCAAGUGAGGCCAAUUUAAGCGUGAGAUAUGAUCGACUGUCCAUAUUGCACCGCACUGCAACGUGCUUCAAGAUACCAGUCAGACUGCGAUAAGCGCUCCGGAUCCACCGGCAUUAAAAUACCGUUUGAAAAACGGAAAAAACAAUAGUACACGCCUUUCUCGGGCAUUAAAGGCAUCAAUGCACAUUAUAUGUGUGUACAAGUAGGCUUAUAAUUGCACUUUUUUCGCUCAAGUUAGAAUGACAUGAAUAAAAACCGAAAAAGCACGGUCCAGUAGAACACACUGACAUUUUUAGACCAGGGCGAAUCACCUUCUCCAAAGCACCAACUGAACACCGAAUCCCUUAGCAAGGUAAUAAAACGUCAGUAACAUUUUAUUUUGCCUUCAGCUCACACACUCAGGUGUUUUAAUCAUUCAACUUUAAAUUGAAAACAAACAAAUUUGGGAUUGGUGUCCCCAAAAAUACAAGUCCACAUGGUGAGUAUGCUGGGAAUAAAAUAACGGUCUACACAUGGCGAGUAAUAGUUGAAAAAUCCUGGUCCGAAGAGGGUUAUACAGUAUUUUUUUUAUUCAUUGUAUACAUUUUCAUGACUUUUAUCUAAAAUCUUUACAAAGUUCUUGUCAGAAUCUAUAAAAAUAUUCAACCAGAAACUCACAAUAAUCGCGAGUGUAUAUUGUUGACAUUGUCAUGUAUCCAUGUUAUUAAAUGAGAUCUCCAGUAGUCAAAAGUGGUUACAUUUGUCGAUAUUUUGACAAAACGCAUGCAAAUCAAGUAUUGUGCAACAACGGCUAAAAGUUCAGAACCAUUUGUUCUGAAUGAUGGAUUGAUGCCUGCAGAUUCCAUAUUGUUCUUCGAUGACAUCCAACAUGCAAUUAGAUGUCUCGAGUGUCCUUCAGUAACAUCGCGGAGCAAUUUGAUUUCGACUGCAGUCGAAAUGCAGCUAAACAUCGCUGAUGAACAGACUGGUAUACAAUUGAAUAAACAAGCCACUUUCAUGGAUUUAAACCUCUCUAAUAGGGAGUGACACCCUUUGGACUGACAAAUGCUGUCCUUAACUGAGAGGUGUCCUGAUUACAGAUGUCGAAUUCAAUGUUAAUGACCAAGUUGGGACCAAAUGCAGUGUCCUUAGUAUAGAGGUGUCCGCUUAGGGAGGUUCCAUUGUAUCUCAAAUCUCAUGAAGCGCGGCACUUUUUUAUUUCAAUAAUUUACCGACUGUGAGAUUUCAUAAUAACUGUGUGGCAAUAUUCACUCGGCUACGAUGUGCAUGCACGCGAAACGGAGUCAGAGUGGCCGUAACAAGACGGGUUGCUUUUAUUGACGCAGUUCUUGUAAUAUCACACUUAACGAAAGCAAGAAGCCACACACUUGAAUAUAUCACAUCGAUGAAAUUCGGGAGAUGAACCGCUAAUGUCUGCGUUAAUUUAAAAAGUGCAUAGAGUUCAUGUCGCAGCUCUUGUUAGGGUUUAGACCACUGAGAUAAAAAAAUUAAACUUAAUUAAAAAUUUUGCCUGCGCAAUUAUUGUCCUUGUUUUGA